AAAAAUAUUUAAUUUAAUAUAGUCACACUACUGAAAUGCUGAAAGUAUUGAACAUGCCUAAUGAACAUGUGAAGAUGAGAAUGAUAGGGAUGGAGUUCUUCCAUAUGGCAGUUCUGAUUUUCCUCUGUGGUAUAAAAUCUGAAUCAGAGAGCUUAAAGGUUGUUGGUCCAGAUGCUCCUCUUGUUGUUAAAGCUGGUGAAGUCCUGGUUCUGCCCUGCUCUAUCCAACCCAAAAUCAGUGUGGUGGACAUGACUGUAGAAUGGUUCAGAUUAGAUGCAGCAGAUAGAUUUGUGCAUCUGUACGAGAAUCAUAGAGACAUAAAUGAAAAGCAGGAUCAGAUCUACAGAGGCAGAACAGCACUGUUCAGAGAGGAGCUACAAAAAGGAAACACUUCACUCAGACUCUCAGACGUUCGAGUCUCUGAUGAAGGAGCUUACAAAUGUUUCAUUAAGGACAAAUACUGGAACGAUGACAUCACUGUUCAAGUCACUGUUGAAGUUCUGGGAACUGAGCCGGUGGUCACUAUGGAGGGCUAUGAUAACUCAGGUGGGAUCAGUCUAGUCUGUGAGUCUAGAGGCUGGAACCCUGAACCUGAGGUUUUGUGGCUGAACAGAGAAGGAGCCAGUCUGACUGCUGAAGAUACAGAGACACACAGAGACACUGAGGGAUUCACAGUGAGAAGCCGCAUCACUGUUUAUAAGUCAGACAGGAUCCACUGCAGACUUCUACAGAAACACCACCUGAGAGAGGCUGAGAUCUUCAUCACCAGUGAAGUCUUUCAUUUCUGGAAGUCUGCCAUCAUCACCAUCCCAGUUUUAGGGCUGGUUAUUGUUUUUGGACUGAUAACAGCUGCAGUUAUGUGUCUCAAGAAAUGUGUGCAGUGGAAAAUCCUAAAGAAAGAGAUUGAAAGUGAAAAAAGGAAAGCAGAGGAGCAGAAGAAAACGCUAGAGGAAGAGAUUAAAAAGGAAAGGCUAUUUUCAGAGCUUCUGAAGAGGACACAGCAUGCAGUGGACGUGACUCUGGAUCCUGAUACAUCAAAUCCCUAUCUGAUCCUGUCUGAUGAUGGAAAACAAGUGAGAUGUGGAGGCACAAAACAGAAUCUUCCUGACAAUUCAGAGAGAUUUAAUAAUUGUAUCUGUGUUCUGGGAAAGGAGGGAUUCUCCUCAGGGAGAUUUUACUAUGAGGUGCAGGUCAGCGAAAAGACUAGGUGGGAUUUAGGAGUGGUCAGAGAGUCUGUUAACAGGAAGGGGAAGAAUACACUGACUCCACAGAAUGGAUUCUGGACUGUAGGACUGAGGAAUGGGAAUCAGUAUAAGGCUCUUGCUGGUCCUCCAGUCUCCCUCUCUCUGAGAGAGAAUCUCCAGAAGAUGGGGGUGUUUGUGGAUUAUGAGGAGGGUCUGGUCUCCUUUUAUGAUGUGGUGGCCAGGUCUCAUAUCUACUCUUUCACUGAUCAGUCUUUCACUGAGAAACUCUAUCCAUACUUCAGCCCCUGUGUUAAUGAUGGAGGUAAAAACUCAGCUCCACUGAUCAUCACACCUGUCACUCAUGAUGAUUAAAUAUCUGCUUUCAAGUGUUUAUAAAUAAACUACAGGAGUAAAUGCAAUGUCUUGUUAUAUUUGUUUUUGUUCUUUUUACCUGUAAUAAUCAGAAAAUAAAUAAAAGACUAUUUGUCUAAAAUGUUUGUAAUAAAUUAAUUGUCCCGCAUAUAAACACAUUAUUUUUUUUU